AUGACUUCUUCUAACCCAGCACCCCGCUCCUCAAGUGUGUGCUCAAAGCGAGGCAAGACCACUGAUUCUUCUAAAGAAGAACGCAAAGGAAAGAAGAUAUCUAAGUGGUUCACCUCGUAUAUUUCCAGGAAUUCCAGUCAGUUACUUCAUCAUGGCCCUCCAAAUAAUGAGGAUGCGAAGUCGGAAAGUAAGACACUUGAGGAAGAGGAAUCUACGAGAAUUAAACAGUUUUCAGCAGAUAAUGCAUGCAGUAGCAAAGUCCCAAAAGGUUUAAAGAGCUUUUCACAUGAAUUAGGACCAAGGGGAGGCAUUCAAUCUGCCUAUCCACGGGCCCAUAGUUACACUGAUUUGAAGGAGCUCUUAGGUUCAUUGCAUUCGAGAUUUGAUGCUGCUAAAGAAAUAGUGAAUGUAGAGCUGGCUGGUUUUGCUGGGGAUGUUGUGGAUGUUAUCGAGAAAACUGAUUCUUCAUAUUCAGAAGAGCAGAAAAUGGUGGAGGAUCUACUAGUUAUUGCUCAAAACUGUAUAGAGAUGACCUGUUCUCAGUUUCGUGCUAAAUGUGAAAGUAUUGUCCAAGAUUUAACUGGGAAAAGACAACAAUGUCAGACAGGAAUGGUGAAGUGGCUGUUCACACGAAUGCUCUUUAUAUUGACACGUUGCACUAGGCUAUUGAUGUUUCAAAAGGAAAGCGAACCAAUUGAUGAGAAAUCACUUCAUAAAUUUAAGAAAUGUUUAGACAGCAUUCCUGCUGUUGAAAUGAAUUGGGUGCCUACCUCCAGGUCUGCUGAUUCUGGUUCCAGUUAUCCUCUAUAUCAGAGACUUGAUGCUCAAUCAAAAUUGCAAGAGCAAACCCAUGUGUCUUCUCUUCCUGAGACAGUUUGGUGCAGUUCUACCGAGGCUGUUGAUCAGAAUGACCAACCUUCCAGAGAGGGUUCUAUGUUACCGGAUGAAAAGUCACCAACACGGAAAUCUCAGUUUGAUUUUAUUUCAGAAGAGCAGCGGUUUCAUCUAGGUGGAGGCAGUUACGAGGGGAAGUUAUUGAAUGAUUCUGGUUGUAGUUCACCGAAAGAGCAGCAACAACGUCUAGUUGGAUUAUUUAAUGAGCCGGAGCAUAAUCUAGAUGUAUCUGAUUUAGUAAUCUGUAGGAUAUGCGAGGAAGGUGUUCCUAUUGCUCAUCUGGAGUCCCAUUCUUAUAUAUGCGCAUAUGCAGAUAAGUGUGAACUAAAUUGUGUAGAUGUAAAUGAACAACUCUCAAAACUUGAGGAAUUACUGGAACAGAUUAUUGAGUCCAGAAACUUAAGCACUUAUCCUCCCAUUGGAAGCCCUGAAUUUUCAAGGAUACAAAGUACGAACUCUGCUAUGACACCGGAUGGUUAUUCUCCCAAGAUAAAUGAGUGGCGAAAUAAAGGUGUUGAAGGAAUGUUUGAAGAUAUACAUGAGAUGGACACUGCUUGUAUUGAUGAUUCUCAUCUAAACCCUAUUAACUUCAAGAGCCAUUUGGGUUCAAAGCUCUGUGGCUAUGGUGCAUCAUCAUCAACAGGGAGCAUGACAUCAGUAUCCUCAACGAAUACGCCUAGGACAAGUCAUUUUGACUCCUUUUGGUUGGAGCGCAACAAUCCAUCUGAGCAAGAGGAUGUGCAACAGAUGAUAGACCUUGCAGACAUAGCCCGCUGUGUGGCAGGCACAGAUCUUUCCACAGAAGGAUCUUGUGACUAUUUGUUAGCCUGCAUGCAAGACUUACAAGAUGUUCUAAAGCAGAGCAAAAUGAAAGCGCUUGUCAUAGACACUUUUGGAAGCAGAAUCGAGAAACUCCUGCGGGAAAAGUAUAUUCUUGCUUGUGAAGUAAUGGAUGGUAAAAGUCAUAUGAGUCAUAGCAAACAUAAUGAGAACUCUGGAAUGUUCCUGGAUAGUGCAUCCCAGAGUAGUGUAUCAACUCCUCCACACUUGUUGCACAAAGACCGGACAAGCAUUGAUGACUUUGAGAUCAUCAAACCAAUAAGCAGAGGUGCCUUUGGUAAAGUUUUCCUUGCGCGCAAAAGAACAACGGGAGAUUUAUUUGCAAUAAAGGCAUUCUUGGAACAUGCACUUUUACAGACCUCUCAAAUUCCGGGUACCUGUUGUUGA